AUGGCAUCUAAGGUCUCCGUUAAAGGCGUCUAUGUUCGAUUAUUAUUUUCCCAACAGUCCAGGCAAUUCAGUGGGCUCUUCCCGGCGGAACUCGUUUCAACUAAUAUGGCGGCGCCCAAGGAGAGUCUGAGUUGUGAGGACUUCUCGGAGUUUCAGGAAAAACUCAGGCUGUUGCGUACGCUAGAUGACCGAAUAGUGCAUAAACUCAAUACAACAGUUCCAACAAUUUCUUUUGCUGGGAAAGUCAAUCCAACUGAAAGAUGUAAAGAGCUUUAUGAAUCUUUACUUGAAGCUCAUGGAAGCCGGGACAGAGCUAUUAAAUCCUGCAUAGCUCAGACAUCCAAAGUAGUAACCCAACUUCGUGCUGAGAGAGAGAAGGAUGCUGACAAUUUAACACUAAUAAAGCAACUCAGAAAUGAACAAACAAAGUUAAAGCUAAUGCAGUCAGAACUGAAUGUUGAAGAGGUUGUCAAUGAUAGAAGUCUAAAGGUAUUCAAUGAACGAUGCCGAGUACACUACAAGCCACCAAAAUCACAAUGAUGUAACGGAUUAUUUACAGUAAUCAAUUGACUAUAUCUGGAAAAUAAUCAUCGGUGGUGGACCUGGACAUGCUGAAACAAACGGACAGUAUUAUAUACACUGUUUAUCGGAUAGCUGUAAGCUAUUUUGCCGAGUGGUACCCCACUUUCCUUUUUUUUUUUUUUUUACAUACACUGUGAAAAAAUUUUAUAUAUAGAAAUGAGAAAUGAUUUUUGAAAAGCAGAA